AUGAGCGUGGAACAAGUUGCGCAAUCUGGCCAUUUGCGCAAAAAGAGCGUAAGUGAUAAUUGCCCUGGGUCACCUGCAAUUGAAGAAUCGCUUACCCUAUUCAAGAGAUCAGAAAGUACUACCAACGAUGUCUCUGAGACUGUCGCACAGCUGCCAGUUAUGCAGCUGCCUCCUAAUACUAGAGGCGUUUCGUGCCAUUAUUCCGGAGGAUGGGAGCAUGAGCAUGGACAGAUGGCAGACUUACGGACAAUGAAUUUCAGACCAGCACAAAGCGUUAUGCCCGACUUGACGGCCAAAGGUCAACAAAAAGUGUUGAUCAAAUUUGUCGACGAUCCGGUGGUAGUGGAGGGGAUGAGGAUUGAGGAAAGUGGGGGAUUGAUCGUGUGGCGCUCUUGGGAACCAAAACACAUCUUUGUUGAUGACAAUGGUGAUAGGAUGGACGUUAUCUUCAAGAGAGAUAUGAUAAGUUGGGUCAGAAAUGUUUGA